CAGCCAUCAAACUGGAUUUCAACUACCGCCAUACCACCUGACCGGACAGCCCCUCAACGGGCGCCAGUCCCAAGACAAUACAUAGGUCACACUAAGCUUUGUUGGGGUGGACGGGCUCAACUCAACUUGACUGGUUGGGCGAAUGGGGUUGUAGAUAAAAAUACACCUUUCAAUUACCUAGGCUCUUUUGUUGAGUUCUUAUUGUCACUCGCUCACUUUCGGUCUGAAUUGUACGUUACUGUUGCCUUCUUUCACUCUUUUAUCCACGAAAUCCCGUCAAUCUCGGCCCGCCCAGUAUAUCAAAAUGAGAAACACCCACCAGACUCUCAAGAGAGCGGCGAGUCUCUACAGCACUUCCCAGUUAAGAUACAGCGCCUCAUCUACUCUGCGAUUUCAAUCCCGCCUUUCACAUGCUCAAUUCCGCUCACUCUCGUCGGCUGCAGGCUCCCAGGUGGCAAACAUCCCGGCAACAAACAAGUACCAGAAGCUGGACUCGUUCGCUGGCCGGAACAGUCUCCUACAGGCUACCAUUGCAGCAGAUGCGCCCAGGAAUGACUGGACAAAGGAGGAGAUCCGAGAAAUAUACCAAACUCCGCUGAUGGAACUGGUCUACUCGGCUUCAACCCUACACCGACGAUUCUUUGACCCCGCCAGCGUCCAGCUCUGCACGCUCAUGAACAUCAAGACAGGUGGAUGCUCAGAAGACUGCUCCUACUGCGCCCAGUCGAGCCGGUACAAGACGGGUGUAAAGGCAACAAAGAUAUCAUCCGUCGAUGAGGUCCUCCAGGCUGCAAAAAUCGCAAAAGAAAAUGGAUCGACUCGGUUCUGCAUGGGGGCCGCCUGGAGGGACAUGCGGGGCCGCAAGACGAACCUCAAGAACAUCAAAGCGAUGGUGAGCGGGGUGAGGGAGCUCGGUAUGGAGGCCUGCGUCACUCUAGGAAUGAUUGACGAAAGCCAAGCGGCGGAACUGCGCGAUGCCGGACUCACUGCAUACAACCACAACGUCGACACCUCCCGGGAGUACUAUCCAAACGUCAUCACAACCCGGACCUACGACGAGCGACUCAAGACAAUCAACAACGUCCGUCAGGCCGGAAUCCACGUCUGCUCGGGUGGCAUCCUCGGCCUCGGUGAAGAUGACACGGACCGUGUGAGCUUCCUAUACACCGUUGCAACGAUGGAAAGCCACCCGGAGAGCUUCCCGAUCAACGCUCUCGUCCCCAUCAAGGGAACCCCACUUGGAGACGCCAGCGCCGCAAAAUCGGAAACCGGGGAGCCGGAAUCGACCGUAACCUUCCACGAUACCGUCCGGAUGGUGGCCACUGCACGGCUUGUUCUGCCAGGCUCGGUGAUUCGGCUUGCGGCAGGGAGAAUCAAUCUGACAGAGUCCGAGCAGGCUCUUUGCUUUAUGGCUGGAGCAAAUGCAAUCUUUACAGGAGAAAAGAUGCUGACUACACCGUGCAGUGGAUGGGACGAGGACAAGGCCAUGUUUGACCGGUGGGGUCUCCGGCCGAUGCUUCCAGACGAGCUGCAUGGAUCAGAGAAGAGGCAGCAUGCUGGCACCGAAGUCGGCCUUCAGCAGGAGCGUGCUGAUGCUGUGAGAAUGGCGUCUUCGUCUGCCUAAGCAGCCGAGCCGGCCAGGCUGAUUUUGGUGCCCGCAGGCAUGUGCAGAACCCUUAUCAGCCGCUUGCGAGGGUUUGUGAUGAGCAGUAUACCAGACCGACGUCGGAGGACUGUGCUGGUGAUCUUCGGGAAACCUUUGCUAGAGGUCGGCGGGGGGUAUAAUCUCGGCUAUGUAUGACGGGAUUGAAGUUGCACUGGUCCUGGGGCAGGGGGGGGGGGUUGCUGGAGGAGAGCGAGUGACUAAAGAGGACCCUUCACUAUAAACCGUAGUAGUUUCAAGCGGACUUGAUUAGAUAUAUCUCGUCUUUCUCGUCUUUUAUUUUGUGCGGAUUGAUUUCGGAAAUGAGUUUUACGUUUGCUUGACAUACACUAAUCUGUGGUAUUCCGAUAGAUAUGUAGAGGUACCUGACGACUUUGUACGACUGCUCGCAACUGCUGAGUGAGCUGUAGGACGGGAUAUAGGGUGCGGUCGGUGAUGCUGAUGGUACUUACCUUUUGGCUCUUAAGGCAUCGUAAUGGGGGUUGUGUUUAAAGUGGAAGGAGCUCCCCACGAGGGCAUCUCUUCUUGCAAGGAAAGCACUUUACUUAGCUCCUCCCGCUAAUCUUUUUCGCUUCCCC